AUGUCGACAUCAUCGCGCCUCACCGUGGAAGCACCCGUCUCAGCAACGGAACCGGCGGAUUCAUACCAGCUUCUAUCAACAACAGACAAAGCCGGCGUAGCCGAAGACGCAUUAUACGAACAACAGAUCAAAGAUGUGGAAGAAUGGUGGCGAUCGUCUCGCUUCGAGGGUAUCAAGCGGCCUUACUCCGCCGCGGAUGUUGUCAGCAAACGCGGUUCCCUGCAACAAACAUACCCGAGCUCGUUGAUGGCCCGCAAGCUUUUCCACCUGCUGAACGAAAGGGCCGCAGAAGGCAAGCCGGUUCACACGAUGGGCGCCAUUGACCCAGUACAAAUGACGCAGCAAGCGCCCCAUCAGGAAGUGCUAUACAUCUCCGGGUGGGCCUGUUCGUCUCUGUUAACUACGACCAACGAGGUGUCUCCCGACUUCGGCGAUUACCCGUACAACACGGUGCCAAACCAGGUUCAACGAUUGUUCAAGGCGCAACAGCUGCACGAUCGGAAACAGUGGGACGCGAGACGGAAACUCACACCCGAACAACGCAAGUCCACUCCAUACGUCGACUAUCUACGUCCAAUCGUAGCCGAUGGUGAUACGGGGCACGGUGGACUUUCGGCUGUGCUAAAGCUGGCCAAGUUGUUCGCAGAGAAUGGUGCAGCAGCAGUUCACUUUGAGGAUCAGCUGCACGGUGGGAAGAAAUGCGGUCAUCUCGCGGGCAAGGUACUGGUGCCCAUUGGGGAGCAUAUCAACCGACUUGUGGCAGCUCGCUUCCAGUGGGAUUUGAUGGGGACCGAGAAUCUGCUUAUUGCUCGCACGGACUCGGAAAGUGGGCGCCUAAUCAGCAGCGCCAUCGAUGUCCGUGAUCACGAGUUUAUCCUUGGAGUGGCGGAGGAGGUUGAGCCACUCGCCGAGACUCUGCAGGCUAUGGAAAGAGAGGGCGCUGCGCCUUCCGAGAUCGAUGCUUAUGAAUCGGAAUGGGUCAAGAAGCACAAGCUGGUUACCUUCGACGAAGCUGUCGACGCACAUCUUGAAGCAGAGAAAGCCACACAGUCCGCUCGAGACGCAUACAAAAGACGCGUUCAAGAGAGUCCGGACUUGUCAAUCUCACGCCGGAGAGAACUGGCCAGUGACUACACGAAGAAACCAGUUGUCUGGUCUUGUGACAGCCCUCGCACCAGGGAGGGAUACUAUCACUACCGCGCUGGGUUCCCUGCGGCUGCCAAGCGCGCUCGCGAAUUUGCUCCGUAUGCGGAUCUCCUCUGGGUCGAAACCGGUGACCCGGACGUCGCGAAAGCGGCCACAUUGGCAGGGGAAGUACGCAAGGCGUAUCCCGGCAAGAAGCUGGUAUACAACCUGAGCCCGUCCUUUAACUGGAUGGGUCAUGGUUUCGACGAAGCGUCUCUCAAAUCGUUUAUCUGGGAUUUGGCGCAGCAUGGAUUUGUACUUCAACUCAUCUCGCUGGCUGGACUGCAUAGCAAUGCAACGAUCACGACAGAACUUUCAAGGGCUUUCAAGGAAGACGGUAUGCUUGCCUACGUGCGCAUGGUGCAAGCUCGGGAGAAGGAGCUUGGCGUGGAUGUUCUUACACAUCAGAAAUGGAGUGGAGCGCCUUAUAUGGAUGGCAUUUUGGGGGCAAUUCAGAGUGGUAGCAGUAGCAGCAAGAGUAUGGGAGAGGGCAACACGGAGAAGGGCUUUUGAUGUGGUUGGGUGUGCAUGACUAUGUAAAUCAGCGAGAUAUGACUUUCCAAGCGUAAGAUCCCAAUACGUUCAACUCACCAGCAAUGUAGAAGCGAUACCGCAGCAUUCACUGCUACUGGGGCCUUAAUUUUAGCUAGGAGGCCUCCCCUGAUCAACAAAUGAAACAAGUCACCAUCUCUGGAGCUGAACUGCAUAUCUUCUCUUGUUCAUAGUAACUUUCAGGUUAUGAUAUAAGGAGACUCACAAG